AUGGUCGACUCGGCAAAAAGUCGUCGUCUAGCCAAAUUAAAAGACAUCCAAGCUGCUCGUCGCCUUGAUGCGGAGACGGCUCUAUCAACUGACCACGAAUCGAGCCGCACGGGGCUUACAUCCAACACGAGCUCAAGUGAACUUUUCACCGAUGAUGCAGCUUGCCUGCUAGAACCCGAGGUCACUGAGGGUCCAUACUACGUCGCUGGAGAGCUCAUCCGUUCAGAUAUUCGCGAGGAUCAACCAGGCAUUGAUUUGUACGUGGACCUGCAGCUCAUCGACGUCAACACUUGCUUACCGGUGAGCAGCUUUGGUUGCAAGGACGAACGGGAGCUCGGACGAUACUUCGAACACUGGCACUACUUUCCAUCGCGGUCUAUCACUGUGGCUGUGCUUCAGCCUACACUGCCUCCCAAGACGACAACCACUUCCGAA